AUAUAAGCCCAUAACCUGGGGAUGAUGCUAUCAGUAUCUUCGUACUUUCUCGUAUAGUUACAUAUACAUAGCAUAUCACAUUACUCGCGAAAAAAAAUAAACAACAUGCUAAAGAUCCUUAGCCUGCUUGGCGCCUUAAUAGUGUGGUGCAAUGGUCUCGUUAUCAGUGGUUAUAAUGGUGGACACGGUGGUGUAUUUGAUUACGCGGGUCUUGAAGAAUAUGAGGGGCACGCAGUCCUGCCAACGGUAGCAGUACCAAUACAUUCAGUAUCAGCGUCACCUUUACAUAUUACCGCUCAAGAUUUACAUACCAGUCUUCAUUAUCCUCAUCAUCAUCAUCAUCCACUCCCUCAUCAUCAUGAACAUCACGAACCUGAUCAUGAUUAUUAUUCACAUCCAAAGUACACUUUCAACUAUGGGGUUCAUGAUCCACACACUGGUGACGUGAAAACUCAACACGAAAUUCGUGAUGGUGAUGUGGUACACGGCUCAUACAGUGUAAAUGAACCCGAUGGAAGUGUCAGAAUUGUCGAAUACACGGCUGACGAUCACAAUGGUUUUAAUGCAGUAGUGAAAAAAGUUGGACCAGCCGUACAUCCGGCGCCAGUUCCGGUUCAUAAAUACGUGCACGCAGCGCCUGAUUAUUACGCUUACGAAUAUGACAAACAUCACUAUUAAUAUAAAUUUUGCGAUAAUUUAAAAUAUAUGUACAAAGUUUUUAUUUCUUAAAUAUAAAUAAUUAAUUAAUUAAUUGAAAAUUAAUUAAUUAGUUAAUUAAUGUUUAAUUAAUUAAAAUAAUUAUUUAAUAUAAUCUCACAUUUUUCUCGGGAUAUUUCAAUAAAAUACUCUCCAUU